ACUCGCACAUGCGCAGUUUAAAUCUAAACGCAGUGUAAUGGCUGCCUGGUGGAAUAGGUGAAUUUAGAUGCUUCUGUUUAUGUUUUAACCGUAACAAGCCGAUAACGUCUACACGUCGGAGGUAAAAUGGUUUAUGUUCAUCCAGAGACGCAGCUUAAGACGAAAUAUAACAGCGUGAAGUGAGCAAAUAGCUGUUUGGCUUAAGGGCGAUUCUAGGCCUUGCUGGUCAUGGCGAUGAAGGCCCGUUUGGAGGCAGUGCUUAACGUGGGUCUCCGGAUUCCCAGUAUUCUGCUACUGGAGGUGCUGUAUCGCUGGGACGUCAGCUCUUUCUUCCAGAAAAUCCAGAGAAGCAGUCUUAACAAUAACCCCCUCUUCCAGUACAAGUACAUAGCCCUCUACCUGCAUUAUGUCGGUUAUAUCCUCAGUUUGGUGUUGUUGACGCUGCCCCGACAGCAUCUAGUGAAGCUCUACCUCUAUGUUGUCACAGCUCUCUUGCUCUUCGCUGGACAUCAGGUCUCCAGGGAUUAUGUACGCGGUGAGCUGGAGUCAGGCUAUGAAGGACCCCUCUACCUGGAGCCGCUCUCUAUGAACCGCUUUACUACUGCACUCAUUGGUCAGCUUGUGGUGUGUACGCUGUGUUCCUGUGUCAUGCAGACAAAGCAGAUCUGGUUGUUUUCUGCACACCUGCUCCCCCUAGUGGCCAGACUUUGCCUCGUGCCCCUGGAGACCAUCGUCUUCAUCAAUCGAUUUGCUAUGAUCUUUACUGGUCUGGAGGUGCUUUACUUUCUGGCCUCCAACCUGCUGGUGCCAUACAAUCUGGCCAAAACUGCUUACAGAGAGCUGGCGCAGGUGGUGGAGGUGUAUGGUUUGCUGGCUCUAGGCAUGUCUCUGUGGAAUCAGCUGGUUCUGCCUGUGCUCUUUAUGUGCUUCUGGCUGGUGCUGUUCGCUUUGCAGAUCUACACCUACUUCAGCACGCGUGACCAGCCGCCCUCCCGUGAGAGGCUGAUCUUCCUCUUCCUUACUAGUAUGGCGGAGUGCUGUAGUACACCAUACUCUCUGCUGGGUCUGGUCUUCACUGUAUCUUUUGUGGCGCUGGGCGUCCUUACCCUCUGCAAGUUCUACCUGCAGGGCUACAGAGCUUUUAUGAAUGACAAUACCAUGCACAGGGGCAUGACUGAGGGCAUCACACUCUUGAUCUUGGCUGUUCAGACCGGUCUCAUUGAGCUGCAGGUCAUUCACAGAGCCUUCCUCCUUAGCAUCAUCCUCUUCAUCGUGGUGGCUUCCAUUCUGCAGUCAAUGCUGGAGAUUGCUGACCCCAUAGUUCUGGCACUUGGGGCAUCCAGAGACAAGAGCCUGUGGAAACACUUCAGAGCUGUGAGUCUGUGUCUGUUCCUGCUGGUCUUCCCUGCUUAUAUGGCUUACAUGAUCUGUCAGUUCUUCCGCAUGGACUUCUGGCUGCUCAUAAUCAUCUCCUCCAGCAUCCUCACCUCACUUCAGGUUCUUGGCACGCUUCUCAUCUACGUGCUCUUCAUGGUGGAGGAGUUUCGUAAAACUCCAGUUGAGAACAUGGAUGAAGUUAUCUACUGUGUCAACGGGACCUAUCGACUUCUGGAGUUUCUGGUGGCAGUAUGUGUGGUGGCCUAUGGCGUUUCUGAAACCCUGUUUGGGGAAUGGACUGUAAUGGGCUCCACCAUCAUCCUGGUUCACUCUUAUUAUAACGUGUGGCUAAGAGCACAACUGGGCUGGCAGAGCUUCCUGUUGCGCAGAGAUGCAGUCCACAAGAUCCAAAACAUGCCCACAGCUUCAACAUUACAACUACAGCAGCAUAAUGAUAUCUGUUCCAUCUGCUUUCAGGAUAUGAAGUGCGCUGUCAUCACACCCUGCAGCCACUUCUUCCACGCCACCUGUCUGAAGAAGUGGCUAUAUGUACAGGAGACCUGUCCGCUCUGUCACGGCCAGCUCAAAAACCAGCUACAGGCACCCAGCGCUCCGGGUGCUGCAACGCAAGACGCUGCACCAGCCAAUCAGAACCCAGCACGGGUGGAGGCGGAGCAGGGCGAACCACAGGCAGAGCUGCUGAACGAAGAGGACAGCACAUCAGCCGAGCCAGACACUGAAAAUAACUCAACUGAGAGUUUGCAAUCCCCAUCCAAAGAAUGUGAUGCAUCUUCAGGAAUAGAGAGCAGCACCGGUCCAUCUGGUGAUCUGGAUGGCGAGGCUUCAUGGUCUACGUCAGCUUGUCUACGUCAUGAGCAAAGUGCAGCGCUAUAAUAGUUAGGUCACACCAUACACCUUCAAAUUGCUUACAGCGAGGACUACUAUUAGUAGAUGGUUCAAGGGUUAGUUCAGUGUAAUUCUGACACCUUGUUUGACACGUCUCUCUAGGAGAUUAAAGCAGGAGGUUCAGAGUGCUCUUUUUUACGUGAAUGAGCUUUAAACAGUCAUUAUCCUCUCAAGCACCAUUUGCGGAUGUCAGGGCUUUGUGACAUCAUUCACCAUUUGAAUGUAUGGUAUUUCAGAGCUAUGUUGGAAAGAAAAUAACUUCAGAGGUAUUUAGCAUACGAGUCUUAAAGACUGCUUUAGUGUUAUCAUUUUGGAGCUCGAAAUAAUCCCUGUCACUGUUCGCUGUUCCGCUAAACAACUUCACGGAUGCAUCGACUUUGAUCGUAUUUUGUAUGAUCUGUUUACAUUGUUGCAGGUCGAGACAUUUCAUUUUUUAUUGGUCAAAAAUCAUUUUCAUGCGUCCAACCAAAACAUGAACUUGGAGAUAAUAUACUAUUCAUGCUUCAUAAGCUGUACAUGAUCUAUUUAGUUUGUUGGAAAUAAGAAAUGCGCAUACUUAAAAUGGUACCUGUCCCUUUAAAUAAGCUACUGGAGAGACCCCCCCUUAAAAAAGGGAAACUGAAAAUAUGUUAUUUAAAGUGCCAUUGCACCCGGUCAUUAUGUUUUAUCACAGUGAGCUUCCUUUUAUUACCCCAAAUUUUAAAAGGAUGUUUGACACCAGGCUUUCUCAUCCUAUAUAUUUUUGUCACGUGUCAAAAAUCAUGUUAAAGUUGUCGUAGCGUGAACUUGUCAGUUUGGCAGUUUGCUUGAUUCUUAGAAGUGAACAUCUUAACAAGCAUAUUGCAGACUGUUUAGACUAAAUCUAUUUUCUGGUUUUAACAGAUGAAUAUUUAGUAAUUAGACAAUCACAUACAAACAUUUUAGGAUGGAUGCUCCAUUUAAAGGGGUAGCUCACCCAAAAAUGAAAAUUCUCAAAAAUCAUAUGUAUUACAAACCUGUAUAUAUUUAUUUAUUCUGAUGAUCACAAAAGAAGACAUUUUUAAGAAUGUACCCAAACCGAUCUCGAGCACCAUUCACUUCCAUAGUAUUCUUUAUUUCCUACUAUGGAAGGGAAUGGUGCUCAUGACAAACUUUAUUUAAAUAUAUUCUCUUGUGUUCUGAAUAAAGACAUUUAUACAGGUUUGUAACAACAUGAGGGUAAGUAAAUGAUAAGAAAAUUGUAUAUUUGGGUGAACUAUCCCUUUAAGAUCAUUUUAUGAGUGUUUGUUUCAGCGUAUAGCUUACAGGUUGAAUCUCACCAAAACGCGUCAAGGUUAUAUUUCACCCCAAAAUUAAAUAAAAAUUGUAUUGUGAUAAUUUCUUGACAAUUAAUCACAGCCAAUUACUGCAAUUCAUUACCUUUUGAAAUUUAAAUCAUGCUGCAUUAAUAUGAUUUUAAUAUUAUGUGCUUUAAAUGUCAAGCAAAAGUAUCAUUUUAUUUCGGGGUGAAAUUUUGUAGCAGUUUCUGAAAUGUUUAUGCGAUUCGAAUUUAAGCGUUGCUGUGGACUAAAACCGACAUUGAAAGCAGACGUAGUUUCACCAUCAUUUUCUUAGCUGUCACUCCAUUUCGUUUGCCAGAGAUGUCAUGCCAUGCUAUGUGUUUGCACUAAUAUUUAUAGUGAAUAAUAGUGUAUACUCUGUUAUUUCCUUGUUGGGCUCUACAAAUGUUGAGCAAAUGAAGUAUAGCUCGAUAUUAAUGUUUGUACAUAUACAGGCAAAUAUAUUCCUUUGUAUAUUCAUGUUUUUGAUAUGCCAUACAGUGUUAAAGCAGCAGUGAACCUUAUGAAGUGUCUGUGAUCGUGUGAACACUGGGAUGAGUGGGAUUGAUCUAAGGACACCGAGUGUGUUUGUGCUGAUCUUCCUUUAAGUGACUUAUUUAAAAUGGCACGUUUGUGUGGAUGAAUACAUUCAAUGUAUGAGCAAACAUAAAUGCCAUUUGAAAAGCAGCUCUGUACUUGAUGAUUUUUGCACAAUUUUUUUUGAAAGUAAAUAAAAUGGCAAUGCAGCUAGAA